UGAAUCUGAAUGUCUGAUUCAAUGGAUGAGAGGUUGAUUCCACCGAAGGCGAAGCGAGGAAGGAGCAAUGAGAGUGAAAUUGAAGAAGAGAACAAGGACUGGUUCAGUGAGUUAUCUGAUUGCAUUCUCCUUCAAAUUCUGUCAUUUCUGGAAUUUAAAACUGCUGUUCAAACAUGUGUGUUAUCCUCAAGAUGGAAGGAUCUAUGGAAACGCCUUCCAAUCCUUACUUUACACUCAUCAGAUUUUUCAACUUAUAAGGAUUUCGACAAAUUUGUGCCUAAGAUUUUGACCCUUCGUGAUGGCUCAAUUUCCUUGGAAGAACUUGAUUUUGAGCAUCAGGGUAUCAUCCGGCCUCACCUCAUCAAAAGGGUCAUAAACUAUGUCGUUUCCCACAAUGUCCAGCGAUUGAAGCUCGAUGUCACAUGUGACAGGACGCUCAUGAUGCCUCGUAUUUUCACAUGCCAUACUUUAACAUCUCUUAAGAUCACAAUUGGCGGUAGAAGUAUGAUUGACAAUUUUAGUUCAUUGCCCGAAUCUGUGAAUUUGCCAGCAUUAACCACCUUGUAUCUGAGAAAUUUCAAAUUUUCCUCAAGCAGCGGCAACGACCGUGCCGACCCAUUUUCUGCGUUUAAGAGGUUGAAUAGUUUGACCAUUGAGGGAUUUUACCUCCCGGAUGCAAGAAUCCUCUGCAUAUCAAGCGCAACGCUUGUCAAUUUAUCUAUUUGUAACUAUGCUUGGGCUCCCAGAGACUUCUGCAAAGUUGAGUUAUCCACACCAUGUCUUCAUAGGCUUACUUGCUACGGUAAUCCUACUUAUUAUCUAUGUGGGAGUGGUCUUUCUUCAGUUAAGGAAGUUUACAUGGAUAUCGAUUUGAAUUGGACCAUGGAUAAACCGGAGUUUCCUUUGAUUCUACUUAGCUGGCUGCAGAAUCUUGUUGAUAUGACAUCAUUGUCUGUUACUACAAAUACUCUUCAGGUUCUAUUCUUAGUUCCUGACUUUUUGAAGAUUAAGCUCCCUACAUUGGCUAACUUGAAGAUAUUCAAAAUAAAAAAGGUGCGACUUUCAGAAGCUCUGAGAGGCAUGGUGAUAAAGAGGAUGGAGAGACAGAUGGUAACCACUAAGUCACGGAUACAAGCUAUCAGGUUAGUGCUUGAAAUUGGCAAGUGGAAAGCAAGGAACGAGCCAUUUGCACCUUUCCCUGAAGGAUUCUCAAAGUUCUUAGAUUUACAAGUACUGCCGUUUGGAACUAUAGUUGGAACAGAACGUCGCUAAUGUGAAUUUGGCAUUCAACUUUUUGAAUAAGGAUAUGGAGGCAGUGUCGAAGGUGAUUAAACGAAGGAUUGACGAGAAGCUUGAGGCGGCAAAGGAAGAGAUUUAUGACUUCUUCGCCACGAUGGUUACGAAGAAAUCUUUGUUUUAUCAUCUCCUUAUCUAGUAUUCUUUUGAAUUAUAACUUCUUUCUUAGUUUUGUUGAAGCACUUGGGUGUAAGGAUUAUUAUUUUGAAUUUGUUUUUAUAUUUAUAUAUUGGGUAUUAUACAUUGAUAUUA